AUGAUUCCAUGGCUGAUGACGGCUUGUUUCUAUCCAUGCAUUAUAGGUCCAGAAUUUUGGGGUCUUGUUAGCAAGCACUGGAGAAUGUGCGCAUUAGGCAAGAUGCAAUCACCGAUUAACAUUGAUCCAUCUACUUUACUAUAUGACCCAGCAUUAAUGCCAGUUGAUAUUGAUAAACACGAUGUGGAUGCAGUUUUCGAUAAUUUGGGUCAGUUGCCACUGCUAACCAUUAAUGAUUCAAAAAUCAGGCCAGACUGUGUGAAUAUCAGCAAUGGGCCUGUUUUUCCUUACAGAUAUCGUCUGCAUCACAUUGCAAGUCAUUUCGGGCAAAAUUCUAAAGGCGAAAAAGGCUCGGAGCACACAAUUGAUAGAAUGCGAUUUCCAGCUGAGAUCCAACUUAUGGCAUAUAACGCAGAUUUGUAUGAGAAUUUUACGGACGCAAUGACAAAACCACAUGGCCUUCUUGCAAUUUCAAUUAUAGUAGAUAUUGGUAAAGUAACGAAUUCGGAACUUAGGCGACUUACAAUAGCUUCACAGAGCAUAAAAUAUAAAGGCAAUUUUUUAAAAUCAUUUUUUGAUUUAAUUAAUUUAAUUGCGAGGAAACAAAGAUCAAGAGCAAUAAUCAAAAGUUUCAAUCCUUAUGGACUCAUGCCACCUAACUCAUCAUAUAUGACUUAUUCUGGUUCCCUAACUUUUCCUGGUUGUUACGAAACGGUUACCUGGGUUAUUAUGAAUAAUCCUAUAUAUAUUACGAAAGAAGAUCUAGAAAUCUGGAAUAAUUUGCAACAAACUGAUGCAAAACAAACAAAUCCAGUUUCAAUGGCGCAUAAUUAUAGGCCUUUAAAGCCUUUAAAUGGCCGUUUAGUGCGAACUAAUAUCAAUAUUAAGUUUAAAGUAAGCUUAUUUUCUUGA